AUGACUCGAUUUCUGGCGGUCUUGUUGAUCCCUGCCAUCUGGUUUUCCACCAGCUCCGCAUUGUCGAUGCCCAACGAUGCAACCACUCGACACCUUAGCCAAGGAAUUACCACCAGACAGACCAUUAUCGCGCCGCCGCCUUGCGUACCGAUUUAUCCACCGCCAAGCGAGUUUGAAACCCAACAGCGGUUCAGUUGUUUCGCUCACGCCUUCCUUGUCACCAAGAACUUGACGGAGGCAUUCCAGUAUAUAUCCGAGGGCUAUGUUAACCAUAACCCAUUCGUUACCCAGAACGGUUCUCAAGCUGCCUUUGACUUUUUGGCACCCAUCUGGCCUUCUACCAAUAUAACCUUCCAGCGGAAGCUCUUCAGGGGUGAUAUGGGAUGGGUGAACUACAAUAGCUCUGCCGCCGGAGAAAUCAUCGACCGAUUUCGGUGGGAGGCCGGUUGUAUUGUUGAGCACUGGGAUGUUGGUGAAGUGUGGCCGGCGGACAAAUAG